GUUCAUUAUCGCAAAACAGUAGGGUAUAAGCACAAGGUCAUACAUGUGUUUGCUAAGUAGAUACAAGUUAUAGGAGACAAAUCUGCACAAUUUUCUAUGGAAUGUUUUGAUUUACAAUAGCUGGCAUGUAAGAAUGAAGAUCUUUGGUUAAGCAGCUAAAUAAGAGCUUUUCAAACCUCUAUGCACAAUGGGUCAGCGACUAAGUGAGGAGACAGAUGAUAAGGAAAUCGAUGUUGCUGAACUGCAGGAGUGGUAUAAGAAGUUUGUGGUGGAAUGCCCAAGUGGAACUCUUUUCAAGCACGAGUUCAAGAGUUUCUUUGGUGUAACCGACAACCAAGAAGCUGCAGACUACAUUGAGAACAUGUUCCGUGCUUUUGAUAAGAAUGGGGACAAUACUAUUGAUUUUCUGGAAUAUGUUGCAGCCUUGAAUUUAGUAUUACGAGGCAAGCUGGAGCAUAAACUGAAAUGGACUUUUAAAAUGUACGAUAAGGAUGGGAGUGGUUGCAUUGACAAGACAGAACUAAAGGAGAUUGUGGAGUCAAUCUACCGUAUGAAGAAGGCCUGCCAUGGUGAGCUGGAUGAGGAGUGUAAUCUACUUACCCCAGACCAGGUGGUGGACCGAAUAUUUGAGCUGGUGGAUGAGAAUGGAGAUGGGGAGCUGUCACUGGAUGAGUUCAUUGAUGGUGCACGGCGUGACAAGUGGGUCAUGAAGAUGCUGCAGAUGGAUGUGAACCCAGGAGAGUGGAUCAAUGAACAGAGGCGGAGGAGUGCCAAUUUCUAAAGCAGUAAAUCCAAAAGCCUCCUCAGAUUUCAUGCAGUCUCUUCACUCUUUACAGUCUACCAUAAACAGUAUUAGUACUGUGAAUAAAGACUAUGCAGCAAGGCAGCCUUUUCCUGAAGCAAAAGUCUACCUUUCAAAUGGCACAGAGAUAUGAACAAGGGAAAUGUUUGGUUGUUUUUUUCUUUCAUUUGUUUUUGUUUCCUGUGCAUCAGUAAUACUUCACAUUUAAACGUCUGUACAUAUAUUUUGCCUGUAUUUUCUAUGAAAUUCAACUAGGCUUGGAUUGAAACGAUCAAUUAAUGCAAUAAUACAAUAACAUAUUUUAAUUUUAGAGUAGGUUGAAUAAAUAAAGUAGUCUAUCAUUCUACUGUGUUGGAUACAAUUUUCAAGAUGGGUUUUAAGACAGGUUAGGUUUAGACAUUUUUAUUAUGUUUAGAAAUAAGGUGUGGCCAUACAGAAAUAUGAGGCUCUUUUUGUGAACACUAAAACAAUAUAACAGAAAGCCAGUUUUUAGCUUUAUUUACACAAUCACAAAAUCUUUGGUUUCCAAAGAUGGCAGACUUGUUAAUUGUGUUCACACAAAUACAUUUUAUUUGUUUACAUUUCUUCUUAGUUUUAUUAAAUGUGGCAAAUUAUUUCCCAUUUCAAUUUAGUUAGUUAAGUUUGAAUUUUGCUGAGUGUGCAAUAACAAAAAUUGAGACAAGUCCUCUGGAAUUGAGUGCUUGAGUACUCACUGAAUGGGAACACAAUUAAUAAAGGUUUGCCAAAUAUCUGACUCAUCACUAUAGAAUCAAGUCUGUAAAAUAGAAUUUGGUUGCAUUGAUUUAAUAUGAUUUGUUAAAUACAGUGAUUUGUUUAAACAAAGUGAACAUUGAUAACAACUAAUUAAGGCAUUUAUACAAAAUAAAGUAAUAAUUUCCAGCCUGUGUUCUUUUUAGUAUAUAUCAAAUAUUAAAUCUUACAUAACACCUUUGUACUGUGCAUGGUCAUGAUGGAUGUGGAAAUGAAGUGCUAGCAUUUCUCUGCAGAAAACAUAAAGAAAAACUUAUAAUGAGUCGUAUAUUAUAUAAAAUAUGAUUGAUGGCACCUAAUAUAACACACAAACCAAAUAAUUAGUUUUUCUGACUAUGCUAUCCAAUAUCAAGGGUUUGAUUAUUUUACAGUAAAGUCACACCAUCACAACACUCUGUCUGACUUAACAAAUUUGUACUUAAUAAAAUAACUAUUUAUCGUCAA